GGACUUGUCUCGUGCUCUGGGCCAGCAACAUUUUGCACUCUGCGACGACUUUCUCGGUCAUGGUAGCGCCAUACAGCUCUACGACGCGGUCGCGCAACUACACGCGGCCCGAGACGGUCUCUGCUUUGAGCGCGGCGCACUUGCCGGUGGUAAAACGGGGCGCAAUCUUCGAUAUGAAAUGGCAUCGGUGCGCGGCGACGACGUGCUCUGGCUCGACGGCACCGAGCCCGCGUGUCCGCCUGCGAUUGUGACGACGCUCCGUCAGCUGGAUCGCCUUAUUCUGGAGCGCCUCGCUGGUGUCAACUCGGAACUGCGUUCGUGUGCGCUGCAGCGACAGCGCGUCAUGCUGACAUGCUACCCCGGCCACGGCGCGGCGUACGUCAAGCAUUGCGACAACCCGAACCGCAACGGCCGCAAGCUGACGGCGAUCCUGUACUUGAACCCUCUUUGGGACGAACGCGAUGGCGGACAGCUUGUGCUGCACCGGACGCCAAUAACACGCAUUAGCCCAGUUCUAGACCGGCUUUUACUUUUCUUUUCCGACACGCGGGUGCCGCACGAAGUACUGCCGUCGCACGCGAAACGGUAUGCACUCACCGUGUGGUACAUGGACUGGGACGAGUUCAUGGAGGCGCAGGUCUUUACGGACACGACCAGCGAGACGCACGAGCGACGCCACAUCGAGGCUGAAAUUGAAAAAUUCCACGCCAAAGCUUCGUAACCUGCAGCUACUAAAAGAAUUCUUGG